GGGAUAAAACUGAGUGUGGGCUGAUGAUGAUGGGCUGUGUUGCACAUUCCCAGACGAGCGUUCACACGCCGUUCCCAUGAGCUGGAGCUUCACUUCCCCCGGCAGGCAAAGAGGGGGAACUUGGAGCACUGCAGAUAAAAGCAGCACACGCCGGGAAGCUCUGUACAGAGAGAGAGAGAGAGAGAGGACGCGCAUCCCUUCCGCCACAGCCGCAUCCCGACCCCUUCUCCGGGAAAAAAAAAAAGGAGGCUCCGGGACUCCUCCGGGGAGAAGGCAACAUGGCUGCUGGACUGAGGUCAGCGAUUCUGCUCUUUGUGCUGCUCUGUUGUUGGCAACCUACAGCAGCCAAAGAGGGAAAGGGAAAGGGAAAGAAAGGAAAGCAAGUCGUCUGCCCAUCGCAACUGUCCGCAGAAGAUUUGGCCCAAGUUCCGGCAAACUCUACGUCCAACAUUUUGAAUCGUCUGAUGGUCAGUUAUGACCCAAGAAUAAGGCCAAACUUCCAAGGAAUCCCGGUCGAGUCCAGGGUCAACAUCUUCAUCAACAGCUUUGGAUCCAUCCAGGAGACCACCAUGGACUACAGAAUUAAUAUCUUCCUUCGUCAGAGAUGGAACGACCCCCGCCUGCGACUUCCUACUGACUUUAAAGGUGACGCACUAACUGUGGACCCCAAAAUGUUCCAGUGUUUGUGGAAACCGGAUCUUUUCUUUGCCAAUGAGAAAAACGCUAACUUCCACGAUGUGACGCAGGACAACAUUCUCCUCUUCAUUUUCAGGAAUGGAGAUGUCCUGAUCAGCAUGAGGCUUUCGGUGACGCUGUCUUGUCCCUUGGACCUAACUCUCUUCCCGAUGGACACACAGCGGUGUAAGAUGCAGCUGGAAAGCUUUGGGUACACCACCAGUGAUCUUGUAUUCAUGUGGCAGUCAGACCCCGUGCAAAUGGAUGAGAUCGCUCUCCCACAGUUUGAUAUCAAACAGGAGGACAUCAUAUAUGGAAACUGCACAAAGUUUUACCAAGGGACAGGAUACUACACCUGUGUGGAGGUGAUUUUCACCUUACGCCGGCAGGUCGGUUUCUACCUGAUGGGCGUUUAUGCUCCCACCCUGCUCAUCGUUGUUCUGUCCUGGCUAUCGUUCUGGAUCAACCCCGAUGCCUCGGCUGCCAGGGUGCCACUGGGCAUCUUGUCCGUGCUGUCUCUGUCCAGCGAGAGCAUGUUGUUGGCUUCAGAGCUGCCAAAGGUCUCGUAUGUGAAGGCCAUCGAUAUCUGGCUCAUUGCCUGCCUGCUCUUUGGAUUCUCAUCCCUGGUGGAAUACGCCGUGGUUCAGGUGUUUCUGAAUAGCCCCAAACUGAUCGAGGAGGAGAAAGUCAAAAUGGUGUCAAAGGAAAAAGCUUUAAAAGAGAAGGAAGAAAAGAAUCCUGCAAAUAAAGCCAACAACACAGUCAACGGGACGGGAGGAACGCCCAUCCAUGUCAACACCCUGCAGGUGGUGGAAAAUCGCUGCAAGAAAGUCUGCACCUCCAAGUCGGACCUCCGCUCCAACGACUUCAGCAUCGUGGGAUCUCUGCCCCGGGACUUUGAGCUGUCCAACUUCGACUGUUACGGAAAGCCGGUGGAAGUCUUGGGGGCCCUCAAGUCCCAGAACAAAACCAACAAGAAGCCCCCCCCGCCCAAGCCGGUCAUCCCCCACGCCGCCAAACGCAUCGACCUUUACGCCAGGGCCCUCUUCCCCUUCUCCUUCCUCUUCUUCAACGUCGUCUACUGGUCGGUCUACCUGUGAGGGACAGGAGGCGGCCGGCCUCCCAACAGACUGACCGACUGACCCGGACCCUACUCUGGACUCGUCUUCCCAACAUGUCGGAGCCGUGCGUGGUGGUCCACGGCAGAACCUGUAAAUUAGGACUUGAGAAAAGCUUAUCCCCCCCAUUAGGCCGGCGCUUUAGGACUGCAUGCUGUUUGUGUCGGGGCUUUUUGCUUAAAGCAAAUCCAACUAUGCUGGGGUUACAUGGAUACCUCUACCCUAUUACUGGUAGCACUUUACGAAAAAUGCAUAGAAAGUGACUAAUAUUAUCUAUCUCCUAUACUCAAAUUAAGCGUCUUAAGAAUAUACCGAGGAAAGAAAUACGUGGUAAGAAGCGACUAAUAUGUGAUCCCUUUAUUAUGUUCAUCGCAAUCAUUUUAGCAGAUCAAUGACGUGCUUCCCUUAACGUGUCCAAAAGGAAUGGAAAAGCCAUUUUUCUUUCCAUCAGUGUGACAGCGUUUGAACCCGAGCAGACAGACGAAUGGAUUGAUGGAUGGCCCAUGAAAUGAACCUAUAACAGUACUGUCCUCCUCCUGUUUUAUCAACGUAACUUCAGUACCAAGUACUUCAUGUCUGAAGCAAAUGAAAGAGAGAAACACCUUUUCCAUUGUUUGCCUCUUGGCGUGACGGUACAGGAAUCUGUUCAUGUGCUCCCUUUGUUGUUAGGAUUGAUAUUGUUCUUAUGGAGGACUCACAGCUUGUCCUCUGACCACCUGAAGGAUGGUGGAGACGGCAUCCCUGGUGUUUUAUUAGGUGUGCUAUCAUUCCUGAGCACUUACAGCCUUGCUUUGGGUAAUGUCGGAAAGUCUGAGAACUUCCUGUCUGAGGGCAUCAAACAUUUUCCUCUGACUCUCAUUAGACCAAACCCUGAAGAUCCAUUAAUAACUAGUGGCAUAUAUCAAUCCAGGAUCUGAUAUAGAUCCCCGAUUCCUCUAGAUUCCUCUAAUAUAGUGCAGCAGUUAUGUAAACCCAAAGUUUAUACAUGGUGCAUUUGUACAUUACCUUCUAUAUUACUGCCAUUCAUUUUUUCCAUAAAACCAUUAAUGUCAUUUGUACCCGAAAUGGAGCAGCUUUAUGCAGUUUUACCAUGAGAAUGAAUAAAAUAUAUAUGAUUAUGA